UCUGCUGUCGCUUGUCCGUCCCCGUUGCUGCCCUGCGUGCUUUGUCCCUCAAGUCAUGAUUCACUGCUGCGCUCUCUCUGAUUGUGCUUGUGAUUUCUCUGCUGAUACGGUCCAGCUGGGAUCUGUGGUGUCCCAACUGUGAGGGUGAGCACAAAGGAUCCAGCUCGAGAUUAACCACCCAAACAGUCCCUUCGUUUGCAUCAUACCUCAUCGAUCCUGUCUUUACUGAACCCACCUCUUCAAAAUGGCGCCGUACGCCUCCCCGAAAAACCGCACUCCGCCCGGAAAACCGUCGAGAUCCGCGUCGAAAGUCACCCUGAAGGGUCCCCGAAGCUCGGACCCGGCUCCCAGCGAAGGCCCCCCUCUCAAGAAACGCAAAUACGUCCCCGGCGGCCCCGGUGGAGGAGGCCGAUACAUCGAACUCGACGUGAGGGAGACGAAACCCCCCAAGCCAGCUCCUGCCCGACGCACAUCGUCCGCCACGUCGCGGAGUCGUCCCUCCGCCUCGCAGCCCAAGCCUCAGCCCGCCCAGCUGCCACCCCCUCCACCCCCGGUGCCCACCACGCCGCCCUCCGCGCGUCUGCGGCGCGAUAAAAGCCAGAAUCGGGGUCGCUUCGGCUCCUCGACGGCCGCCGCGCUGGCGUUACAACAAGGCGACGGCUACAAGCCGCGUGAGGAGCGAGGCUGGGAGGAGUUCCAUCCCGAGCUGGACAUCGAAACAAGAUUCACGGUGUUCAGUGCCGACGAUGUGGACCGUCCCGCGCCGUCCGGACCCAUCGCCAAUAUCCUGACGCCGAGCGGGCUGGAUAGGAAUGGCGAGAAAGACCCGUUGGCGGAGCUCGUGCGCGCCCACGCCAACGGCACCUCGCCGACGCCCAUCAAGCGGAAGCCAGGUCGGCCGCCCCGUCGUCCGGAAGCGAUCUUGAAUGCCCUGGGCAUCUCGCCGCAGCAGAAAGUCGUGCCGCCGCCGGGUCCGAAUCCUCGGGAGAAGUUGACGCUGCCGAAGCCGUCGUUCCGCAUCUGUGACCCCUUUACAUUCUACGAUCAGCCCGGCGUGGGUCAGCAGAAUUACGUCGACCGUACGAUGGCGAGCGUGGGCUACCAGGAGAGCGACCUCUUUCUCCGCCAUGACCGUCAGCUCGUUCGGAUGACGGAGGGCGCGCAAGACGACGACAUGGAUCUGGCGAACCCCGUGAUCACGGAGGGUGAGGUGAAUGCGACGGUGGGGAGGGUGGAAUAUGAUAUGGAUGAACAGGACGAGAAGUGGCUGGAGGACUACAACACCAAGCGACGAGAAGACCAGGUCGAGCCGAUCAAGCCGGCGGUCUUCGAGAUCACCAUGACUAAGAUUGAAAAGGAGUGGCAUACCCUUGAGAAACGCAUCCCGAAACCGAACCCCAAGCCUCCGCAGACGCAACGCCCCCGAUCCAGCUCCGCGGCUGCGGUGAAUGGCGAAACUACCGGCCCCGGGGAAGAACAUGAUACCAAAUGCGCGAUCUGUGAUGAUGGCGAUUGCGAAAACUCGAACGCGAUUGUCUUCUGUGACGGCUGCGAUCUUGCGGUGCACCAGGAAUGCUACGGCGUACCUUUCAUCCCCGAGGGCCAGUGGCUGUGUCGUAAGUGUCAGCUGAUCGGACGGGGGUCAGUGAACUGCAUCUUUUGUCCGAAUACCGAAGGUGCUUUUAAGCAGACGCCCAGUUCGAAAUGGUCCCACUUGCUUUGCGCUAUUUGGAUUCCGGAGGUUUCGAUCGGCAACCCUUCCCUGAUGGAGCCGAUCACCGACGUUGAGAAGGUACCUAGGAGUCGUUGGAAGCUUCAUUGCUAUAUCUGUCGGCAGAGAAUGGGUGCGUCGAUCCAGUGUAGUAACAAAAACUGCUUCGUGGCCUUCCAUGUGACCUGUGCGCGACGGGCCCAGCUGUACCUCAAGAUGAAGUCCGGUCACGGCAGCCCUGCAAUCAUGGACUCUCAUUUACUCAAGGCCUUCUGCGACAAACAUGUGCCCCCGGAGUGGCGCAGAGAACACGGCACGGAUGUUGCCACUGCGGAUGCCAUCGAAUACUAUCGCAAUACCAUGCAGGGCCGCCGGUGGGGCGACAGUCAGGCGGCAGCUCUGUCGUUAGAGCCGGCGCAUCCCUUGGGGUGCGACCAUGACGACGAUGGCCCAAGGACCCAUACGCCACGAAUCACUCUCACUAUGGGUGGUAACAAGCGGAAGCGACCGGCCGUGCCGAGGACUAUCUGGAAAUUACCCUCGGGGGCACCGGUCAUUCCCCAGAUCGUUCUGAACUCGGUUGUGGCCUCUCUCCAGCGCUUUGGCGUUCGGCAGCGAAAGCAAUAUGCCGAAGAUGCCUGCAAGUACUGGACUUUGAAACGAGAGGCCAGACGAGGUGCGGCGCUUCUCAAACGACUCCAGCUGCAGCUCGAAACAUUCUCGUCCAUGGAAAUGACGCGACGAGACUAUGUCGCGAUGGGAGUUGCCGGCGGCAAACGACUUCAGCGGCGGAUUGAUUUUGGUGAGCGAUUGUAUCACGAUCUCGAUCGGUUGAGGAUGCUCUGCGAUGAGGUCAAGAAGCGAGAGCGAGAGAAGCUGAAGGAUGCCGAGAUGCUUCGGCAUGUGGUUGACACCGUAUAUUUCCCCAUCUUCCCUCUGCUAUGGCCUAUUUUUGAGAAAGCACAAGGGCUGGAUGGGAAAGCCGUCUUCCGGGAUGGCUUGUUGUCCAUACGCAGUAAAUUGGCCGAGCGCCACUACACAUCGGUGUCUGCGUUUUCGGGCGACCUUGCGCGUGUCUUUACCUCCGAGAUUGGUGUCAAGCCAGCUGGUGACACCAAGGAGCUUCAGAUGCAGAUCAGCGGUCGCGCUCCCGAGCUCAGUCUCGAACAACGGGAGAAAAGGACGCUUGCCAAGCGAAUCAUCCGAGCUAUCCAGCCCGCUCUGGAAGAUGCGAUUAAAAAGGAGAGCGAGCUAAAUCGCAAACCCUUUGAACAAGAGCUCAAGGAGCUGGAUCUCAUGCUUGAGACGAGCGUCCUGUCGCGGAGAGACUCGGAAAUAGAUCCCUCAGAUAUCCAGGCCCUGGAGAGACCCGAAGAAACGCAGAAGACCAACGGAUCGGAUGAAAAGAUGGAUGACGAAAAUGUAAUUGCGAAACUGGAGCCUCGCGACACCGCCGAAGCAACGGCCGUGCCUGAGAAACUCCAAGAAGAUACGACCAUGCCCGAAGCCGAUAAGGCGGAGGUUCCCGAACCUACGGUGGAAUCUCAAGUCGAGGACGCUUCGAAAGCAGAACCGGUCGCUCCGGCUCCUCAGGAACCUGAAAGCCAGGAUGUUGACAUGGCCACCACGUCGAAUACUGUCCUUCCUACCACCGAAGGGGAGCAGCCGGCUGUCAACGGCGAAACCAACAAGACCGAGCAGGGUAGCCCGCAGCCGGCGAAAGACUCGAAUCACGAUCCCGCAAAGGGCCCGCUGACGCCGCCGCCAAGUUUCAAAGGCGAUCAGCAGCUCCCUCUGUCGCAAGGGGGAAUCCAGUGGUACAUGCAACCGUUCGACCCGGUGGGGACCACCAUUCACGAAGAACGCUGGACUGGUCGCGACGUGAUGCGUGGAAUGAGCGAGGAGCUCAGCGAACUGGACGAGGACGAAUUGAAAGACCUCGUGGGGGACGAACUAGAAGGGCAAAUGGUCACUGCGCCGGACGGGUCAUCGACUCACGGCACGGACAGAUCGGCCAAUGGACAAAAUGUGAAAGUGCAUCGUACUCGAAGACGGUGGCGAGGAUUCAAGUGAGGAAGGAAUAUCCUAGCGCGUACAUGAUUUUGUUGAUGUUUUUGAUUUGUUGAUUAUCAUUUGGAGCCCUGUAUUAGCAGUGCCUUUUUGUUGCGGGUUCGGAAGUGCAGGAACGGCGUUCAGUGGUAGCUUUUUCAUUGUUGGGGAAUUGUUUUGUUUUGACAGCUAGGCAGGGACGAAUUCAUGCUUGCAGAGAG